AUGAGAUCGAAGCAAUCGAAUAUGCUCUAUCGAACAGUUCUCUUCCUCUUGCUAAUACUGCUGCAGGCGAUUCCCAGAUUGGACAGCUAUGGCUGUGCUGGAGAAGGAGAGACCGAGGAUAUCCUCGCGCAGCGUAUAUCCAGCUUGUACUAUCGCGAUGCCGAAGUGGGUGGCUGCGGGGCGGCGGAGGGGGAGGGUGGUGAUGGUUGUGCACAGUCGAGGAAUCCCCUGGGAGGGGGAGGAGUCGGGGGAGGGGGGGACCCCAAGACGAAGGCCUCCAACAUUGCACAGAAGGCGGCGCAGGAGGCGCGAGCGGCGAGUGAUGCACAAAUGGCCGCCGCCGAGGCAGCAGCGAUGCAGGUGAAGUCGGAGCUGGCGGAGCGGGCAGCGCAGUCGGCGCGGGCGGCAGAGGCAGCGCUGGCGGGCAAGCAGCAGAUUGUGGAGCAACUGCAGCAGGAAAUGUGCGAGGCCGACGCCGUUGUGACCGAGAUCACAGCCUCCUUGCAGGCAACCCAGGCGAACUCGCAUGCGGCGACUCAGGCCGCACAGGAGGCACAAUCCCAACUUGGUCAGAUGAAGCGCCUUGUGGCAGCUGCCACCGCCAACCUGGCCAACAUUGAGAACGUGGCCAGUGGCGCCCAACAGGAGCUGGCCGAGAAGACGCAGCUGCUCGAGGCGGCCAAGAAUCGCCUGGAUGGCCUAAACCGGCAAAUGUGCGAGGCCAAGCAGGACUUUGAGAAGACCAAGAAUGCGGCCUAUAAAGCCGCCUGUGCGGCAGUCGAGGCCAAGCAGAAGGCGAGUCGGGCGAGAAGAAAGGCGGCGAAUUGGCAUAAGCACCUGAAGAAUCCCCUAAAACACAAUGUCAACUAAUU